CCCGCGGGCCGGCGGCUGCCGCUGUGCGGGUCUCAACACCUCGGCGGCUGCGUUUCUCCCUCCCUCCCUCCCUCGGCCUGCGAGGGUUCCAGAUAGCCAUGGUGCCUACGUACUCUAUGAAGGGACCUUUCAGAGGUCACAUGAGUCUCAAAAGUAGCCCUUUUUCUCCUGGACCUUCCUGCAAGCUCUCUAACCAGUACCUCAUUCAAGAUCACAUGGCUGCUCAUUACAAGAACCUGAUGUCUGCCAAAGCUGCUGUUGAUUCAUCUGCACCAAAGAGUUUGCAUACCAGUGUUAAAUACAAGGAUCAGCAGAAAAGAGACAGACUAAUUCAAGCCCUUGAGAAAUAUAAGAAGGAUCUUGUAUAUGGUCUGCCCGCCUCAUCAUGCAACUCCAGAAGUGUUUCUCCAAGCCAGCAGAAGGCAGGGUGGUCACUGUUGGAAAAUGGUCACCUGUAUUUGACAUCGGGCAGGAACAGCUGCUCCAAGACAAAGAGAGAGCAGGCCCCCUCCGUAUCAUCUCAGAAGAUCACUUCAAAAACUCUGUUGCCAGGUUCUACUGCAAGAAAGAAUACCCAAAGCAGUGCUCAGCAUGCUUUGUCUCAGACUCCUGUCCACAGCUCUGGUACAGAGAGAUCAUCUGCUUCACCACUCCAGCCAUCUCACAUGCAUUUAAGCAGUCGUAACAUGAAGAAAACAUUUGCAAACUCUUUCAAUAAAACAUAUUCUGGGGACCUCCUUAAUAAGCAUUCGAUUUACUUCACAGAAAAGACGCAGUAUUUUACCCCUCGAAUCUUAAAAACAUCACACCAAUCUUUUCUUGUAAAAUAUAGGUACUAUAAUCCUCCUCCUCCAAAAAAGAUCCCCCCUGGCAGACCAUCACUUCAAUCAGCAGAUGUCACUGAUGAAAAGAAAAGAGAGUUGCACAGAUUUUUAGAAGAUGCACAUGUGAGACCACAUUCAGAUCCUUUUUCCCUGCAGCCAGCUGAGGUUGGUGCAACCAGUUUAUUCCAAAGGAAAAGAAUGGACCCCACUGUUCAUGCAAAAAAGUUGUGUGGAAAAGAGAUGAACUAUGAAUUACGGAUUUCCAGUUCUGAAAAGCCACUUUCUCCAGGAUCACAACUUGAAGAAAAAGAAGAAGAGUAUCUUCGUUUUCUUCAAGAUCUUACAAAUGAUAUCUUGAUUAGAAAUUGUUAUCACAAAGAGGCAUUAGAAGAUGUAUUUCAAAUGCACAUUAAAAGUAAGAGGCAUAACCUUGAUGAGGUAAAAAGGAGGAGAAUAGUUCAAAGCCUAAAGAAAGAGCUGAACAUCACAGACCAACCAAACCCUUCCAUCAGCUGUGACUGCGCUCGGCAAAAGGACGCCAGCAUUCCUGCGACAUGCUGUUAACCUCCAAAUCUGGGCAUUUCAGAGAGCAUUCAAAAUUAGCUAGGAUGGCAAACUAGAUUUUACACCAAUUACAACGUAAACCUCGGGCAAACAGGAAAAUGAAGCAGAGAUCCAGGUAAUGCAUCUUCCUGUGAUGUAACACAGUAUCACUAUGGCAACAAGCAGGUUAGCAUGUUAAAAACAAUACCAGAGCACUAAAGACUGCGUUUCUACAGGGACUUUCACAAUCAGAAUAGAAAGCCAGAUACACGUGUCCUUUCAUUGGUUAUGGGUAGCUGACACUGACAAAACGCAUCCUAUGCAAUCCUCCUCCUAGGAAUUCUGAUGAGGCAUUUUGAUUUUUUCCUACCACACACUUGAUUUACAGAUAGGUUGAAAAUGAAGUUUUCAAUAUCGAUUUCAAAAUAUUACAUGAAUUGUGACCUGAAGUCUCAUUGGUUUGCAAUAGGACACAGGAUAUUAAGUCCCAUUUUUAAGUGAUUUAGGUAUUAGUCUAAGUAACUUAAGAUCUUUUGAAAAUCUUAACCCAUAUUAGCUCAUAUGCCUAAAAGCUACUAGAAUACAUACUAGUAACUGAAAAAUAACAGACAUUGUAAUCUUUCAAAAUGCAAAGAAUUCAUACUUACCGAAACCUAAAGGCUUAUAAAAUACAAACAUGGACAAAUUGGAAAGUACGUAAUUACUAAAGCCUCAAUCCUUUCUUUUAGCCAUGAUAUUUACUUAUUUUAUUAUAACAUAGUAGUUCAAAUUUGGCUGUUUAAGAUUAGACAGCUUUCUAAAGAUAGAUGUUUUUAUUCCACACUCUUCUCCAAGUGGGACACUUUUCAAGGCACCAGAUUAAAAUAGAAAAAACAAUGACUGGGAUAAAUAAAACACAGCAGCUUUUUUUGUUUAGUGGUGCUGUGGGCUUUUUUCCCCCUAUUGUCUAUUUCACAUCCAUGCUUCUACAUCAAGAGAGUUAGUAUUUUUAAUUGCUACAAUUCCCCACAUGAUCCCUAAAUAAUCUGAAGAUACAAAACCUUAUUUGAAAUAACUUUCACAAGCAGCUUUGCUGUUAUCAAAAUGCACCCUUUAAGAUGGGCCUCUUUCAGUCUCCCUGGAAGAUACCUCCAGGCAUAGUGCCACAAGGAUUGUUUUAAUUACCUAAUACUUGAGUUAACAAACAACUGGAGAUGUUUAAGAAAAUGCCACAAGCUGUACUGAUCCACCCACAACUAUAGGUAUAUCUAGUUACCAAGGAUAGCUUGUAUAUAAAGUUUUUGUUAGUUUGAACUAUAUGGAAUAUUUUGGUUUGUGUUACUCUGUUAAUCUUAUUUGAGACAAAUGCUAAAUUUCUUUAAAGGUCUUUCAGUUUAGACUGAUGAGUAAUUAUUUGUUCUCACAAACUAUGUUCUAAUGGACAAUCCUGUAAGCAAGGCAAAAUAAUGGUGUGUGUGUGUAUAUGUAAAUACAGAAAAACACUCUGAGUGCAAAACUAACUCAACUUCAAGUAGAAUCUCACCUUUGUCUCAUUAGAGAAGCACUUGUUAUGCUUUGAAAGUUCAACUUUGAAACAAAAGUAAUGCCUUUUAUUUUAAGAUAAGGAAUCUUUUUCAAGGAUCAGUACACAUUUUUACCCACUUUUGUUGAAAGGAGGCACAUCUUUCUGAUAGAAGAAUAAUGUGAAAAUGCCUCUGCUGUGCAACUUGGAGUCUUAGGGCACUACUGCUCCUGUAGAGGGGCUUGAUUUCCCUAACAUCUGGCCUGGGUAGGCAAGCAUAAGCAUUACGAAUUAUUUGAGAGUAAUUUCUGUUCAGUCAGAUAAUGACUGGUUUAGCUGACGUCACCUUUUCCUCUGCUCUGCGCUACCAAGCGAGCCCAAUUAGACAUUUGAAAUCCACAAGUACAAGCUUGUUGUGGUGAGCUUCUUUGUAAUGAAUCAUCCCAAAUUCAAGUGCACUAUCAUGAACUAGAUGAGUUAUUUUCCUCUAUUGACAACACCAGAAUAUUAAGUGCUACUUCCAGGUGCAUUACCUUCUUUUAGGAUCUCAAAUAGGAUUUUUCUUGAAUGAAAAGAGGCUAACUCAGGACAUUCUAUGUAGGUACUUUUUGACAUCUGACCAUUUCUCCAACACAUCCAUUCUCAUUACAACAGGUACAAGCCUGCAAUGAUUUUCAUAUAAAGUGACACGUUUGAGGCCAAGCACUUGUCAGGGUGAAGGGUGACCCAGAGAACCAGCAGACAGAUGUUAUUGGUAGAGCGAGCGGUUUGUUGUUGCGGUGUCCUUCUGGCUAACUUGCUGAGGAUUAAUGGCCAGCCAAGGGCCAUUUUGCAGAGGUGAAGACUGAUGUCGUAAGACCUUUGGCUAUGGUCAAAGCCAGGGCAUAUAGGGAAGUACAAAGAGAUGGACUGGUGGAUGCUCAGCUUCAGGGAAAACAAGCAGUCCUUGCUGGGUUUGUUCAGAUCAGGUCUCAUCCCCCCUUGCACGAUGUUAUUCCAUCUGGAAGAAGGGAUGCUAGGAUGCAGCGCACUGGACCCGUGCACUGGAUGCAGCUUACAUCUGGUUUUAUAUUUGGUCUGGCACCUACAAAUGAAGCCACUACUUCAUUUUGAAUCAUCCAAUAGUGGUUUUGCCACACUUUUCCCAGAACCUAAUAUUUUUAGAGAUAAGUGAGUUUAGUUUCCAUUUCUAAAUCAACCAUUGGUACAGAGUAAAAAUAACAACAAUGAACUAAAUGGCAACAUGUAAUCCACUUUUUUCAUGGUUUAAUUUUUUAAAAAACUAUUCAUGAAGAAUUAUUUACAGAAAAUUCUACAGAAGAUUAAUUAUAUCUGUUCCUUCAUUAUUAUUCCACAUGUUUGAGUGACUGUUGAUAUUAGUAAAUAUUCAAGAAUAAGCUCUGCAGAACUCAUAUAUUGUUAAUCAUUGGAUAAGAGAAAAGGGCAAGAAAGGGCAAAAAAGGGCAAGAAGGAGGACCAGGGAACUAUAGACCGGUCAGCCUCACCUCCAUCCCUGGGAAAGUGGUGGAACAACUUCACCUUGGUGCCAUCUCAAGGCACAUCAAGGAUAAGAGGGUCAUUAGGGGCAGUCGACAUGGCUUCACCAAGGGGAAGUCAUGCUUGACCAGCCUCAUAGCCUUUUAUGAGGACAUAACCAGGUGGAUAGAUGAUGGUAAAGGAUGUGGUCUAUCUUGAUUUCCAUAAAGCAUUUGACACAGUCUCCCACAGCAUCCUCACAGCUAAACUGAGGAAGCGUGGUCUGGACGAUCGGGUAGUGAGGUGGACUGCAAACUGGCUGAAGAAGCCAGAGAGUCGUGGCCAAUGGGGCAGAGUCUAGUUGGAGGCCUGUGUCUAGUGGAGUGUCUCAAGGGUCAGUGCUGGGACCACUAUUAUUCAAUAUAUUCAUCAAUGACUUGGAUGAGGGAAUAGAGUGUACUGUCAGCAACUUUGUUGAUGACACCAAGCUGGGAGGAGCGGCUGACACGCCAGAAGGCUGUGCUGCCAUCCAGAGACAUGGACAGGCUGGAGAGUUGGGCAGGGAAAAAUUUAAUGAAAUAUAACAAGGGCAAGUGUAGAGUCUUGCAUCUGGGCAGGAACAACCCCAAGUACCAGUGUAAACUGGGAAAUGACCUGUUAGAGAGCAGUGUAGGGGAAAGGGACCUGGGGGUCCUAGUGGACAGCAGGAUGACCAUGAGCCAGCACUGUGCCCUUGUGGCCAAGAAGGCCAAUGGCAUCCUGGGGUGUAUUAGAAGGGGGGUGGUUAGUAGGUCGAGAGAGGUUCUCCUUCCCCUCUACUCUGCCCUGGUGAGACCACAUCUGGAAUAGUGUCCACUUCUGGGCCCCUCAGUUCCAGAAGGACAGGGAACUGCUGGAGAGAGUCCAGCGCAGGGCAACAAAGAUGAUGAAGGGAGUGGAGCACCUCCCUUACGAGGAAAGGCUGAGGGAGCUGGGGCUCUUUAGUUUGUAGAAGAGGAGACUGAGGAGUGGCCUCAUCAAUGUUUAUAAAUAUGCAGAGACUGAAUGUCAUAAGGAUGGAGCCAGGCUCUUCUCGGUGACAAACAAUGGUAAGACAAGGAGUAAUGGGUUCAAACUGGAACACAAGAGGUUCCACUUGAAUAUGAGAAGAAACAACUUCUCAGUGAGGGUGACAGAACACUGGAACAGGCUGCUCAGGGAGGUUUUGGAGUCUCCUACUCUGGAGACAUUCAAAACCCGCCUGGACACAUCCCUGUGUAGCCUCAUCUGGGUGUUCCUGCUCCAGCAGGGGGAUUGGACUAGAUGAUCUUUUGAGGUCCCUUCCAAGCACUAAUAUUCUGUGAAGAGAAAAUGGUGCCCUCUGUAGAGUUCUGAUAUUUAUUUCGCAAACUGGGUUUUGAUUGUCCAUUAGUCUGAGCUGCAAUUAAGCCCACAUAGUUUUACUGCACCUUACAAUUUUCUUUUUGCUCAUCUUGCUCAAGUAGUCCUUGUUCAUUUGGAGAAUUUUUGGCUUUGUGCAUCAUACAACUCUCCCUAAUAUUGUCAGAGCCAGUUUUUGUGGAUUGUUUAUAGAGGCAAAGUGGUGACCUUGAAGUAGAUUUCAGCGGUGGCAGAGCUGUUACUGCUGGGGACUGCUGUUCGUCAUUUACCUGUAAUGCAAACAAAAAUGUCCUGUUUUACUGGUAAUGGAAAACCAUAUUAGCUUUCUGCAGUAGGUCAAAAGACUAAACAUUGGGAUUUUGAAAAAAACAUAUACAAAUAUUGAAAAAGGCAAAAUAUAUUUUGAAGACAUUUAUCACUUUGAAUAUACAAUACAGUGAUACUUGAUAUCAGUCGUUUUGGUGUGGUGUUAGACGGAAUAUCCACUACACAGUUGGCAAGCUAUUUGCUAGGAGCAAAUGAAAAAGCUAAACCAGGAACAGACAGUACUCUUACUCUGCCUACAGAGGUACCAGAUAUUGUGUACUGAGAUCGAUAUUUUAUUUUUCCUGUACUUACCCUGCAAACGCAAAACAUAGUUGUCACUUUUUUUGCUGACUUCUGGACAAAAACCACUGCUUUCACAUUUUAACCGAUGUACAGUCAAAGCACUCCACUUAAAUUCUACAUCAAAUUCACAUAGGAAAGUGAAUGAAUUUGCAUGUGGAUAUGACAGGGCACAUUUUGAAUACCUUGAGAAAUUUGCAACAGUUUGAAACCUGAUGUCUGAAAUGACGUACAUCUAAAUACUUGUCAAAGAGAAGGAAACAAGUCUUAUUUCACUUUUACAAUAAGACACACCAUUUACUAUAUUAAUAUAAAGCAUGAAACAACACGUUUUGAUGGUUUCAGAAAAUGAUAAAAUGAUAUUAUGAACAAGUCCUCCAGAAAUUCCUAGAUGUACGUCAUCUUGAAAUAAAACAAACACAUAACAUCCAGCAAUGCAGAGGAUAGAAGGGCACAAAUUCCUGGAACUGCAUAUUUACACUUGGGGGAAAAAACAACCCUGAAAUCUUUAUUUCUGCUAUAUAGUAGAAGGUAAGGAGUAGCCUGUCCUUAGACCUAGACAAUGCAAGCUUAGGCAAAGAGGAGAACUGUUUGGGAAAUCCUUCCCCCAUUAAGUUAAAAACAAUUUAUUACUGAUUACUUGUUAUUUGCUGUAACCUUGACUAUGGCCAGCAAGAGCCUCCAACAAUCUUCCACCAUGCUGGCAGGUGAUUACAACAGCACUUUCUGCUGCCAAGGCUUCCUUUCUUUUUUGCACUACUCGGUUUCUUUACAAGCAAAACCCUCCGUGUGUUUCUAAAGUUACAGGAAAACAUACAUAAAUGAGUGUAAAUAAAAUCUAUUGGCAUCACUUAAUGAAGCAGUAAUAAACCACAGACCUCCAGGCAAUUCUGUAAGAAGCAACAAACUUUGACAAGUAGGGUAAUUAACCCUUGAAACCACAGACAUCGGAUUCACUCUCACUAUCAAAAUGCAGAUUUCCUAUUGCUAUAGCUCAAAAAAAAUUAUGGCUCUGGUCUGGCUCGUCAUCCCAAUGGUGCUUUAUGGCCUCACAACCUAUCCAUCUGCUGAAGUAUGUGGCUCUUGCCUUUACUUACAUUUGCUAUUUUGCCAAAAGACUUUAUGUGCUAACACAAAAUAGCUGCAUUAAAACCAAAACAAAACAAAGAAAGUUGCAUUCUUGGCUUUAUGGCUUCACUUUUGGCUGUGUGGCAGCCUCCACUGACUGCCAAGAGAAUGCUUUUGUGUAACCCUGGCGAACGAGAAGAGUUUCUAUCUACUGGCGUAUUUCUAUGUAUAUCUAAAGAAGCGUCAAUGUAUAAUAAGUAUAUUCUUAUUGCUCAGCUUGAGAUAGCACGGUUAAAAACCUUCAGAGGAGAUUUAGGAUAAUAAAAGGUUUAUUUCUGUCCUAGAGCUUGAACAUUUUUCUAUAAUCUGCAAAGCACUGGCACAACUUAAAAAGAACAUCUUAUUGUGAAACAUUUAACAGUGUGCCAUAUUACUAAGAACACUUGCAAAGUUAAUGUAAACUUCAGUUACUAAACUAUUUUUAAUAAAAAUUGACUUUCAAGACCUAA